UCCAAGCAUCAGCGAGAGACGUGACACGGAGCUCCAUAUGCAAUAUUGUGACAAACAAAAAAAAUAUGAAAGAAAUGGUGAUUAUCUUGAGCUACUGUAGAUAAAACCUGGAGUGAAUAAGAUUUCUAUUGAAGAAGCCAACCAAGGGUUGCCGUUUUGAAGACAGUGAUCUUUUCAUUCGUGGAAAUGGAAUUGGUAUGAGUUUUUGAGUGCAGCAUUUGUAAGCAGACGGAGUGCAGAGAAGAGUGAAUUCAAGCAACAGUAGAGCUGGAAUGUCCUGAGUCAGUCCCCCGGUCCAGAGAACAACUCCCAGCAUCAGCCAGUGCUGAUGGGACCUGCUUCUCCACGAUGAGUCUUCAAGAUGGCGGCUGCGGCUAUGCUAGCGACAAUUUGGCGGCUAUCACGGCCAGCGGUAGCAUGCGGCGGCGCCUGGAGGACCAAGAGUUCACCCUGCGCAUCUACCCUGGCGCCCUGGCCGAGGGCACCAUCUACUGUCCCGUGGGCGCCCGCAAGAGCACCACUGCUGCCGAGGCCAUCGAGCGCCUGCUGGAGCGUCUGAGCCUGGACCGUACCAAAUGCUAUGUGCUAGCCGAGGUGAAGGAGUUCGGCGGGGAGGAGUGGGUCCUCAACCCCAGUGACUGCCCAGUCCAGAGGAUGAUGCUGUGGCCCCGCAACGCCCUAGAGAAUCGCUGUGGCCUGGGCAGUGGGGAGGACUACCGCUUCCUUCUCCGAGAGAAGAACCUGGACGGCUCCAUCCAUUAUGGAGGCAGUCUCCAGAUGUGGCUGCGCGUGACCGAGGAGCGCCGCUGCAUGGUGGAACGGGGUUUCUUGCCCCAGCCCGCAGGGGGUGAGCACCCGGCCGACCUGUGCGCUCUCCCUGAGCUGACGGAGCACGCCCUGCUGGAGAGCCUCCGCUCGCGCUUCCGGCAGGAGAAGAUCUACACCUACGUUGGCUCCAUCCUCAUCGUCAUCAACCCCUUCCAGUUCCUACCCAUCUACAACCCUAAGUACGUCAAGAUGUACGACAACCACGCUCUGGGAGACCUGGAGCCGCACAUCUACGCCGUGGCGGACGUGGCUUACCACGCCAUGCUACAGCGGCGGAGGAACCAGUGCAUCGUCAUCUCUGGAGAGAGCGGCUCGGGAAAGACCCAGAGCACCAACUUCCUGAUUCACCACCUGACCGCCCUCAGCCAGAAGGGAUUCGCCAGUGGGGUGGAGCAGAUCAUCCUGGGGGCGGGGCCUGUGUUAGAGGCAUUCGGGAAUGCCAAGACGGCUCACAACGACAACUCCAGCCGUUUUGGAAAGUUCAUCCAGGUCAACUACCAGGAGAGUGGCACCGUCCGAGGAGCGUAUGUGGAGAAGUACCUACUGGAGAAGUCACGCCUGGUCUACCAGGAGCACAAUGAAAGGAACUACCAUGUGUUCUACUACCUUUUGGCUGGAGCCACUGAGGAGGAGAGGAAGGCCUUCCACCUGCUCAAACCGGAGGAUUACCACUACCUCAACCAGAUUACAAAGAAAUCCCACAGAUUUCACUGGGAAAAUGACAAUGAGAGCGAGCUGCAGGACUGCUUAACAGUGGAAGGGGAGGACCUGAAGCACGACUUUGAGAGACUGCAACUAGCCAUGGACAUGGUGGGGUUCCUGCCUGCCACACGCAAACAGAUCUUCUCCCUGCUGUCUGCUAUCCUCUACCUGGGCAACAUCCUCUACAAGAAGAAGACCUACAGAGAUGACUCCAUAGACAUCUGCAACCCAGAUGUGCUGCCUACCAUCUCAGAGCUGCUCCAGGUGAAGGAGGAGAUGCUGUUCGAGGCUCUGACCACCAGGAAGACGGUGACUGUGGGAGAGAGGCUGAUCGUUCCGUACAAACUGGCCGAGGCUGGUACCGUUCGGGACUCCAUGGCCAAAUCCCUGUACAGCGCCCUGUUUGACUGGAUCGUGUUCAGGACCAACCAUGCUCUGCUCAACAACAAAGACCUGGAGCACAGUGCCAAGAUUCUUUCAAUUGGAGUGCUGGACAUCUUUGGCUUUGAAGACUACGAGAACAACAGCUUUGAGCAGUUCUGUAUCAACUUGGCCAACGAGAGGCUCCAUCACUACUUCAACCAGCACCUCUUCAAGCUCGAACAGGAGGAGUACAGGGCCGAGAGCAUCAGCUGGCACAACAUCGACUACAUCGACAACACAGGCUGCAUCAACCUCAUCAGCAAGAAGCCCACCGCGCUGCUCCACCUGCUGGACGAAGAGUGCAAUUUCCCCCAGGCCUCGAACCAGACCCUGCUGGACAAGUUCAAGCGGCAGCAUGAGGGGAACAGCUACAUCGAGUUCCCCGCCGUCAUGGAGCCCGCCUUCAUUAUCUGCCACUACGCCGGCAAAGUCAAGUACGGCAUCAAGGACUUCAGGGAGAAGAACACUGACCACAUGCGUCCGGACAUCGUGGCCCUGUUGAAGAGCAGUAAGAACGCCUUCAUCUGUGGCCUGAUGGGCAUCGACCCGGUGGCCACCUUCCGCUGGGCCGUCCUCAGAACCUACUUCAGAGCCAUGGUGGCCUUCAGGGAGGCUGGGAAGAGACACGCCGACAAGAAGACUGUGAAUGAUGCUGCUGUACCGUGUGUUGUCAAGAGCGUGGACAGCUUCAGCUUCCUCCACCACCCUGUGCACCAGAGGAGCCUUGAGAUCCUGCAGAGAUGCAAAGAUGAGAAAUACAAUAUCACUCGAAAGAAUCCCCGGACCCCCUUGUCAGACCUCCAGGGCAGCAACACACUGAUGGAAAAGCCCACCAGGGAUGGUUAUGGCGUGGGCUGUAACGGGCGCCGGUCCAGACAGGGUGGUCUGUCCUCCUCUGGCGCAGAGUUUGCUGAAGGCAUCUUCUUCAACUCUACUGGCAGCAAGCUGCUGGAGAGGGCACAGAGCAUCCUCAUGCGGAACAAAAACUACAAGUCCAAGCCCAGCUUACCGAAGCACCUGUUGGACGUGAAGUCUCUGAGGUACCUGAGCAGCGUGACCCUCCACGACCGCAUCACUAAGUCCCUCCUCCUCCUGCACAAGAAGAAGAAAACACCCAGCAUCAGCGCCCAGUUCCAGGCCUCUCUCAACAAGCUGAUGGAGACCCUGGGUCAGUCGGAGCCCUACUUUGUCAAGUGUGUCCGCUCCAAUGCAGAGAAGCUCCCCCUGCAUUUCAAUGAUGCCCUUGUGCUCAGGCAGCUGAGGUACACAGGCAUGCUGGAGACCGUCCGCAUCCGCCAAUCAGGAUACGCCAUCAAAUACACCUUCCAGGACUUUGUGCGUCACUUUCGUGUGCUCUUACCAGACAUCACGAGACCAACCAAGUCUGGCAUCAGGGAGUUCUUUCGUCAAGUUCAUCUAGCACCCGCUGGGUAUCAAGUGGGCAACACAAUGGUGUUCCUGCGGGAUGCUGAGCGUCAGAGGCUGCAGGCUCUGCUCCACAAGGAGGUGUUAGGGCGCAUCGUCACGCUGCAGCGCCGCUUCCGAGCCCGGCUGGAGAGGAAACACUUCAUCAACAUGAGACAGGCCGCUGAUGUCAUCCAGCGAUGGUGGAGGGGCUGCCUACUCAGACAGUUGGAGGCUGCAGUGGACCCAGCCGUCCAGGAGGAGGCAGCAGAGGACCCAGCCGUCCAGGAGGAGGCAGCAGAGGACCCAGCCGUCCAGGAGGAGGCAGCAAAGGACCCAGCAGAGGACCCAGCCGUCCAGGAGGAGGCAGCAGUGGACCCAGCCGUCCAGGAGGAGGCAGCAGUGGACCCAGCCGUCCAGGAGGAGGCAGCAGAGGACCCAGCCGUCCAGGAGGAGGCAGCAGAGGACCCAGCCGUCCAGGAGGAGGCAGCAGAGGACCCAGCCGUCCAGGAGGAGGCAGCAGAGGACCCAGCCGUCCAGGAGGAGGCAGCAGAGGACCCAGCAGAGGACCCAGCCGUCCAGGAGGAGGCAGCAGUAGACCCAGCCGUCCAGGAGGAGGCAGCAGAGGACCUAGCAGAGGAACCAGCCGUCCAGGAGGAGGCUGCAGUGGACCCAGCCGUCCAGGAGGCGGCAGCAGAGGACCCAGCCGUCCAGGAGGAGGCUGCAGUGGACCCAGCCGUCCAGGAGGAGGCAGCAGUGUGCCUGCAGGCAUCGUGGAGGGGCUACAGGCAGUGCAGGCAGUUCCUGCAGUGGCGGGCCUCUGCCCUGAUAAUACAGAGGCGCUGGAGAAACUGCAUCCAGCACAGGGCUCUGGCGGCCAUUACGGUGCAGACAGCCUGGCGCAUCUACAGAGAGAGAGCCCACCACCGUAGCACACGUGGUGCAGUUAUGCUGCUACAGGCAGCCUGCAGGGGCUACAUGGCACGCCUGAGGUUCACGGAACUAAAAGAGCAGAGUCAGCAGGAAAAGCAGUUGCUCAAUGGACAAAGUAGCCCCACCACAGAAGAAGAGGAGGACAUCUCGGAGGACCAUGUCGUCAAGAUCACCCGCCAUCAUGGCAUCCAAGAUGUCUCCACGGUCUGGCCUACUGAAGAAUCUAAUGAAUCUAGGUGGAAGUGUUUGUUGGAAGAGGAAGAGGAUAGAGAGAGCGAGAGCGAGAGAAGACCGUGUAUAGACGAGUCCAGCAGACAGAGUAUAGAGCCCAGCAGCCACAAAACACGGGCCAAGAGACAGAAUCGGCGUAUGAGGGAGCUGGAGCAGACCCAGUUCAGCCUGGAGCUACUCAAGGUGCGGACCCACAGAACGGGAGGGACUCUGCCAGAAGAGGAGACCCAUGUACCCCCAUGUCCGGACAGCAUCUCCUGUCCCCUUGACUAUCACCAACACCACCGGCCCUCCUCCCCUGAUAGCCAUGGGAGCACCUCCAUAGACGUCGAGGUGGAGGCGGGAGGUUACCCCAGUUACCAUGUUAACCAGUCAGCGCCGCUCCGGACUUCUUCCCAAGAGGAUUCGGUCAGACCAGGGCCUCCCAUUCACACCCCCACAGAGUCCCAGUCCCAUGAGCACCCAGUGGUGGUAAAACAGAAUGAUCUGAGCCCCGGGACAGAGGAGCUACCGCCCAUGCUACUGGCCCCUAUCAAGGAGGUGGUAAAACAGAAUGAUCUGAGCCCCGGGACAGAGGAGCUACCGCCCAUGCUACUGCCCCCUAUCAAGGAGGUGGUAAAACAGAAUGAUCUGAGCCCCGGGACAGAAGAGCUACCGCCCAUGCUACUGCCCCCUAUCAAGGAGGUGGUAAAACAGAAUGAUCUGAGCCCCAGGACAGAGGAGCUACUGCCCCCUAUCAAGGAGGUGGUGACGGAGGCUACACAAUCCACCGUCUACAUCCCCCCUGAGGACCACAGCAGUGAGCCCAAGCCUAAGCAACAGAGCCCCAACAAGCGUGUGAAGGAGAGGAGAGAGUCCUCCUCUCGAGGGCCCGUGGUGGUUGUCAUCAGUAUGCAGAAGGAGACCCUGCUGGAUGAAGGGGAACUGCGGGCGGUAAAAGCCCAGGAGAGUGCACUCCAGAUGGGUGUAACCCCUGCAACAUUCUCCCCUACACCCAUCGCUGGCCUGGAAGUAUCAGAGAAGACCCAGCCGCCUUGGACUGUUACCAAACCUCCGAGAGACUUAGCUGGGGUCGACAUGUCUAACUUGGUGCCCUCCUCCAACUCCAACCAUAGCCUUUGUCCUUCCGAGGUAGAUAUCCAGAUAGUUCUGGAGCCCAAGGCCCCCGCUGGUGAAGUCCCUCCCAGCCAGCAGGAGAGGAAGGUGGGCAGGCCAGCGCAGGACAACUGGGUCUCCACCGACAGGAUCCUGGAGAGCAGGGAAGCAGCCUUGGCAUCACAGAAGAAGACUCCGACCAAGACCAUCAUUGUCAAUAUGACUGAGAAGCCGCCCUCCAACGUCACGUUCUCACCCCGACGCAAGUUCCCCUUCUCCAAGUCUGAUAAGGACCUGGUGAACAAGGAGUGGUCGUUGGUCUCUGUCUCUAGAGCCACCACUGGACAGACUGCCAGAGAGGCUGCUCACAAGGAAGUGCAGAAGAGCAUCCAUAAGACCAUGUCUUCAGGAGACCUGGGAAAGGUAGCAACGCUUAGGAAGACAUCCAGUCAGGAUGGAAGCAGAGUACGAGGGAAGAUACGGUUCUGGGGCAAGACCAAGCAUGCAGAGAAGAAGCUGUCUAGAGACAAGCAGCAGUCCACACAGAGAGACGGCACUGACAAGAUAGACGGAACAACGUCUCCCCCCCACAGUCCCAGCCUGAUGGGGACCAGGGGACGGGAGACCAAGGAGAACAAGGAGCCCUCUCCCAAAGUGAGGCGGAGGCGCAGCGUCAAGAUCAGCAGCGUGGUCCUAGAGCCCGCCCAGUGGGGGAACGACGCGCUGCACAUCCUCACCAGCACCCACGACUACAGGAGCAUGAACGACUUUCUCAUGAAGAAGAUCAGUGACCUGGACUCGGAGGACUGUCAGAAGGACACCUUGGUGGACGUGGUCUUUAAGAAAGCUCUGAAGGAGUUCCGCCUCAACAUCUUCAACUCCUACUCCACCGCCCUGGCUAUGGAUGACGGUAAGAGUAUCCGUUAUAAGGACCUGUACGCCCUGUUUGAACACAUCCUGGAGAAGAGCAUGCGGCUGGAGCAGAGGGACUGGAGCGAGUCGCCCGUCAAGGUCUGGGUCAACACCUUCAAGGUCUUCCUGGAUGAGUUCAUGACCGAGUACAAGCCCACGGACGGCACCAUCAUCAAGGCCUGCAAACCAGAACGUAAGAAGAGGAGGAAAAAGGAAUCUGACAUUGUUGAGGAGCACAAUGGCCACAUCUUCAAGUCCACCCAGUACAGCAUCCCCACCUACUGCGAAUACUGCUCCUCUCUCAUCUGGAUGAUGGACAGGGCCUGUGCCGGGUUUUUGUGUCGGUACGCCUGCCAUAGAAAGUGCUGCUCCAGGACCACCAAAUGUAGCAAAAAGUACGACCUGGAGCUGUCGUCCAGGCAGUUUGGCGUGGAGGUGUCUCGUCUGACCAGCGAGGAGAGGACCGUGCCCCUGGUGGUGGAGAAGCUCAUCAACUACAUCGAGAUGCACGGCCUCUACACAGAGGGCAUCUUCAGGAAGUCUGGCUCCACCAAUAAGAUCAAAGAGCUGCGGCAGGGGCUGGACACAGAUGUGAGCAGCAUGAACCUGGACGAUUACAACAUCCACGUCAUCGCCGGAGUGCUCAAACAAUGGCUCCGUGACCUGCCCAACCCUCUGAUGACCUUUGAACUGUACGAGGAGUUCCUCCGGGCAAUGGGCCAGCCAGACCAGAAGGAAGUAAUCCGAGGGGUGUACUCUGUGAUCGACCUGCUCAGCAGAACCCACCUGAGUACCCUGGAGCGCCUCAUCUUCCACCUGGUCAGGAUCGCCCUUCAGGAAGACACCAACCGUAUGUCGGCCAAUGCCCUAGCCAUCGUGUUCGCCCCCUGCAUCCUCCGCUGCCCCGACACCAUCGACCCCCUGCAGAGUGUCCAGGACAUCGGCAAGACCACCGCGUGUGUGGAGCUGAUCAUCGGAGAACAGAUGAAUAAGUACAGGGCCAGACUGAAGGACAUCAACAGUCUGGAGUUUGCUGAGAACAAGGCCAAGAGCAGACUGACACACAUCAGGAAGUCCAUGAAACCUGUACUAAUCGCUGUUAAGUUUAUUGGCAUAACCCGCACGACCACUCCGGGCAAAGGUCGUCUGCGGAGGGGUAGCAGCCACCACACGCCCUCCCCGCCCCUCAGCCCCAGAGUGCUCCCGGUUGUGGACGGGGAGAGUGCAGAGGAGGAGAGGGCAGAGCCAGGGCUGACAGAACAGCAGCAGGCCACCAUGCAGCAGGAAGAGAGGGUCCUCACGGAGCAGAUUGAGGGCCUGCAGAGAGAGAAGGAGGAGUUAACGUAUGAGAUGUUGAUCUUGGAGCCGCGGGCGUCUGAUGACGAGACUCUGGAGUCGGAAGCCUCGAUAGGAACAGCAGACAGCUCUGAGAAACUCAACAUGGACCCUGAAGGAGCCGCCUUCAACCCCUCUGGCACCUAUCACUCCCGGAAGUCUGAAGCCAAGAGCCGCCGCUGCCUCCGGAGACAACCCGACUCGGUCGACUCCACCUCCUCCUCCUCUUCCUCCAUUAUACCUCAAUCCCCCAACUACCGCUUCCGCUCCUCCUCCUCCGGCCCCCUAAUCUCCUCCUGCUCCGGCCCCCUACUCUCCUCCUCCUCCGGCCCCCUACUCUCCUCCUGCUCCUUGGGCCUAGGAGCCCCCUUAGUGGAGUCCGAGGGGGACCCGAGUGGCACUGUGGGGGUGAAGAGUCGCCACCGGCUCAGGUUGAGUAGAAGCUCGCCACGUGAGGCACCUGAGGGCCACAGGAGGGAGUCAGACUUCAGCUCACUGCCCCAACAGCUGGUUCUGUAUGGCAGUAACGAAUUUAUGGUAUGAGGGAGAGUUGCAGUGGAGACAAGACAUCCGAACCGCAUUCCAUCCUCCAUACCAAUAGUGUGUAAGGGGGGAAAGAGGGAGGGAGGAAUUGAAACAGGGCUGGAAUGGGUCAUGUGGGCAUCCAUCUCGCACUGCUGUCCUUCUCUAGCUCUGCCCAUCUCUAUCCUCCUUCUCAGUGCCCGGAGGAACGCCACCCUUCCCAUGAUGCAGUUGGGUGCCGUCCUCUCGGCGGGAGAAGUGAAAGGUGAUGGAGAAACAAAAAGAGAGAUGGAAUGAUGAAUGGAUGAAAGAAGGAGGAAGCCUCAGAACUGAGAUGGAGGACUGGCAGGGAGGCUGUAAAGGAAUAAAACAGUGACUAAACAGCAGAAAGCAAGUGAGUGAGGAAAGGAUGAGGGUAGCCGCCUUGACUCACCUGACCUUUGACUUCCAAGCCCCUCGACCCCUGCUGGAGCCUCGGGGGGCCAAUGGGGGGCUGGAGAUAAGAAAAGAGAGAAGCAAGUAGACAGCGCCUUCUUUUGAACGCAGGUCUACGGUGGCUUGAACCAGAGUCACUGACUGAGAGGACAAUCGGCCAUUUUGAUACGAGCCACUCAGCUACUCUCCGGCCAUUUUGAUACAAGCUACUCAGCUACUCUCCGAGUCUUUUUGAUACAAGCUACUCAGCUACUCUCCGGCCAUUUUGAUACAAGCUACUCAGCUACUCUCCGGGCCAUUUUGAUACAAGCUACUCAGCUACUCUCCGGGCCAUUUUGAUACAAGCUACUCAGCUACUUUCGCGUCCGCUUUCAUGUUUACACAAUACAACCUGUCCAUGAGGUCGCAUGCUCCUUCAUGACACUUGUUUCCUAUGCCAGUUAAAGAGACUAUGGCGAUGAUGUGUUAUAAAUAUGUAUUAUGUGACUUAAUUGUUAUGUUAUUAAAAAUAUAUAAAUGGAAGGAACUCCAAUGCUGGGGUCGUUCAAUGUUUAUAAUAACCGUCUCUUAUCCGGUAUCUUUUGCAAAGGGAAGUGUGUGAGAUUCAGGUUAUGGUCUUGUUUGUUAUUUGUUUGUUUGUGUUUUGUUGAUUUUUAACACUGCAAAAAAAAUUGUUUUACAGCAUUUUCUGUCGCAUACCCUAAUGAUCUCGACCCAGUGUUCAGUUAGUGCCACUUCUUCUCUUGUGGAACAAAUACAAUUCAACAGCAAGAGGCUGAUGGCAGUCUAUUCUGACACAUAAAUUACAACCAUCACGCCACUGUUGCCAUUGUGGUUGAUACGGUGACAGUGGAUUUUAAUGUUUAUCAGAUAUAAUGCAUUGUCAUGCCUUUUCCACCAUUGGUCUGUGUUCCCCCACAAUCCUACGUUGAUGUUACAUUGAUCCUACAUUUGUUCUGAAACAUCUGUGUUAAGAGUAACCAAAUCAAGGCUCGAUCUGUUUUUUUUGUUGUUUUUUUUGGGGG